UCUUCCUACUGUGGUGUGUGCUUCAGAGGGUCCUCUUUUCAUCAAAUUUUUCUCUUGAAUUUGAUUAUUUCUUUUCACUUUCCUAUUUUAGAUACCCAUAAAAGGCAUCAGUUACCAAUGGCAAUCUGAAAGAAAUUAAGGAUACCAAAUAGUGUUUGGGCUGAAUGUAUACACUCAUCAAAGAAGUUGUUCCUCCUAUGAAUAUCCUGAAGCAUGUGCGGUCCGCCAGACAUAAGCUUCUUUUCAUCAGAAAGCACUUUCAAGCAUUUGGUUUUUCCUCCCUUCACUCUGCCUCUGAUUCCUCAGUUGAACUUCACUCAGAAGAUCAGGAAGUUGUGAUUGCUUUGGGAAGUAAUGUAGGCAACAGACUACAGAAUUUCAAGGAGGCCUUGAAGUUAAUGAGGAAGUCAGGCAUACAUAUCACAAGGCAUGCUUGUUUGUACGAGAGUGCACCAGCAUAUGUGACUGAUCAACCUUAUUUUUUAAACUCAGCAGUGAGAGCAGUUACUAAACUUGGGCCACAUGAGUUAUUGGCUGAACUCAAAAAAAUCGAGAAGGACUUAGGCCGUAAGGAUGGUGGUAUAAGGUAUGGUCCGAGGCCAAUUGACUUGGAUAUUUUAUUUUAUGGAAAAUACAAGGUAAGCUCCGAUAUUCUGGCUGUACCUCAUGCAAGAAUUUGGGAAAGACCAUUUGUGGUAGCCCCUUUGAUGGAUUUGGUGGGAUCAGCUUUGGACAAUGACACGGUUAAUUGCUGGCAUUCCUUUUCAGGCCAUUCUGGUGGAUUUGCUGAAGCAUGGAAGAGGUUAGGUGGUGAAUCCCUUAUUGGAGAGGAAGGUUUGAAAAGAGUCUUACCUAUUGCAGGUGGCUUGCUAAAUUGGUCACAAAGAACUUCAGUAAUGGGCAUUCUUAAUUUGACCCCAGAUAGUUUCAGCGAUGGGGGUAAAUUUCAAUCUGUAGAUUCUGCUGUUUCACAGGUCCGCAAAAUGAUUGCUGAGGGGGCGGAUAUGAUUGACAUUGGAGCUCAAUCUACAAGGCCAAAUGCCACUAGAAUCUCUGUUCAAGAAGAACUGGACAGACUUAUCCCUGUCCUAGAAGCUGUUCUGGGAAUGCCUGAGGCAACGGGAAAGAUUAUAUCCAUUGAUACUUUCUACUCUGAAGUUGUUUCAGAAGCAGUUAGUAGAGGGGCUCAUCUUAUAAAUGAUGUAUCUGCUGGAAAAUUAGACCCUAAUAUGUUCAAAGUCAUUGCAGAUCUUGAUGUCCCUUAUGUUGCAAUGCACAUGAGGGGGGACCCUUCUAACAUGCAGAAUACCGAGAACCUGCAAUAUGAUAAUGUUUGUAAGCAAAUAGGCUCUGAAUUAUACUCGCGUGUCCAAGAGGCGGAGCUCUCAGGCAUCCCAGCAUGGAGGAUUAUUAUUGAUCCUGGUAUUGGAUUUUCAAAAAUAACUGAAGAUAACUUGGACAUUCUCAUGGGACUACCUGAUAUCAGAGCAGAGAUUGCUGGAAAAAGUUUGGCCAUAUCUCAUGCUCCUUUGUUAAUUGGACCUUCAAGGAAGAGUUUUCUUCGCGAAAUUUGCUCUCGACCAGAUGCAGGUGCGAGGGAUGCCGCAACAGUUGCUUGUGUUACAACCAGUGUUCUUGGUGGGGCUGACAUUAUAAGGGUGCAUAACGUUAGAGACAACCUAGAUGCUGUGAAGCUCUGCAAUGCAAUUCAGAGACAGAAAAGCCAUCGCUCAAAAUGCAUACAAUGAUGUGGUCUUUGUGAAUUAUGUAAGCAUUCGUAGUGAUGCUACUUUUUGGUUCAAAGAGACAGCCGAAUGUUGCUAUAGGGCAGAAAGAGUGAAGUACUUUUGGUGAAAGUAAAAUUGCAAUCGAGUUUUUGACAACGUUUGUAACGAGAUAAUGAACAUACUUCUAUCAACUCAGUCCUCAAAUUUGUCUCGUUUUUAUUUCAAUUUGUUUCAACAUUUUUGUAAGAUGAUUAAUGUUAUCAAUAUUAUGCCUGUAAUUUUCCAUUGAAAAAAAAAAUAGUAUGCCU